AUGCCCACCAUCUCCGUGGACAAGGCUGCCUUGUUCGAGGCCCUAGGCAGACAGUAUACUACGGAGGAGUUUGACGAACUCUGUUUCGACUUCGGAAUCGAGCUGGAUGAAGACACCUCUCUUACAGAAAGACCUAUCGUCAAUGGAAAACAAGAGCCGCCUCAGCUCAAGAUCGAAAUUCCCGCCAAUCGUUAUGACAUGCUCUGCUUCGAGGGCAUUCAGCUGAUGCUCAACAUCUUCAAUCGCAGGGUCCAAGCGCCCAAAUAUGUUCUGAAGGCCCCUUCCAAUGGUCAAAUGCAAACUAUUACAGUCAAGAAAGACACCUCUAGAAUACGACCCUAUGUCUCCGGAGCAAUCUUGCGAAACAUCAAGUUCAACCAAGGGAGAUAUGAAUCUUUCAUCGACCUCCAGGACAAGCUACACCAAAAUUUGGCACGACAACGGACUCUUGUUUCCAUUGGAACGCACGACCUUGAUACGAUUAAAGGGCCUUUCACCUAUGAAGCAUUGCCACCGAAAGACAUCCGAUUUGUUCCGCUUAAUCAGUCAAAGGAAAUGAAUGGAGAGGAACUCAUAGCAUUCUACGAUAAAGACAAGCACCUUGGCCGAUAUCUCCACAUCAUCAGAGAUUCGCCUGUGUACCCGGUCAUCUAUGACUCCAACCGUGCCGUUUGUUCUCUUCCACCCAUCAUCAACGGCAACCUGAGCAAAAUCACUCUCGACACCAAGAACGUCUUCAUCGAGGUGACAGCUACCGACAAAACCAAACUAGAGCUGGUUAUCAACAUUGUGGUAUCUAUGUUCUCCCAAUAUACCUCGGAAAAAUUCACGGUGGAGCCAAUUCAGGUCAUGUCAGAGCACAAUGGCGAGACAAGACAAGUGCCCGAUCUGGCACCGCGCUCCACAGAAGCCGAAGUAGAUUAUAUCAAUGAAUGCUGUGGUCUUUCGCUGUCCCCUCAGGAGAUCUGUACCCUCCUCACACGGAUGAGCUACGCCGCCAGACCGUCCAAGUCGGACCCGAGUCUAAUUGACGUCGAUAUUCCUCCGACACGAGCAGAUGUGCUGCAUCAAGCUGAUAUCAUGGAAGACGUGUGUAUUGCAUAUGGCUUCAACAAACUACCAAGAUCAUUUCCCAAAGUGGGCGCCACAAUCGCUGCUCCACUUGCAAUCAACAAACUCUCCGAUAUUCUACGACUCGAGGCCGCGAUGGCUGGCUGGGCCGAAGCCCUACCUCUGAUCCUGUGUUCGCACGAUGAGAACUUCAGUUGGCUGAAUCGCAAAGAUGAUGGCGAGACUGCAGUCAGACUGGCUAACCCUAAGACCGCAGAGUAUCAAGUCGUCAGAACAACCUUGAUACCUGGUCUGCUGAAGACGAUUCGCGAGAACAAGCAUCACUCUAUACCUAUCAAGAUCUUCGAAGUCAGCGACGUCGCGUUCAAGGACGGCACCGUCGAGCGCAAGAGUCGAAAUGAGCGUCACUUCGCCGCAGCUUGGUAUGGCAAAACAUCUGGUUUUGAGGUUGUCCAUGGUCUGCUCGAUCGUGUCAUGGCGAUGUUGAAAACCGCGUUCAUCACGCACGAAGAAGGACUAGAGAUUAAGAAUGGGAAGCCUUGGGGAAUGGAAUAUCGGAUUCAAGAACUCGACGAUGCCACAUACUUCCCCGGACACGGUGCCAGCAUCCAUGCGAAGAUCGCCGGCAGGGAAAUUGUAAUCGGUAGUUUUGGCAUCCUGCAUCCUACCGUGCUAGAGAAAUUCGAGCUCAAAUAUCCUGUGAGUGUGCUCGAGUUCAAUGUCGAGGUUUUCCUAUGA